CGAUUAGUCGUUUGCUAGUUAGUAGUAGAAAACCUACCCCCAAAAACGAUGUUGUGAAUCCAAGAACACAACACAGAUACACAUGAUUAUACGGCGGAUUUAGAUGGGGGUAUGCGCCAUUGAUUCGAUGGUAAUUACAUAUAUGUGUGCUCUGGACGCAUUUUCAGCUUCAUGAUGAACAUGCUCUUUGGAAAUUGUGUCGGCAGCUGUGACCAGCUGGCCGGUCCACCGCCGGACUUUAUACUAUCGAUGCCGCCGCCACCGCUGCCGUCCUUUCUAAUCUCCAAGCCGGCGACGGUGGACAUCCUGGUGCCCUCCAAUGAGUCGCAGCCGUGCUUCGCCGCCUUCAUGUGCGGCCAUGGGAUGCAGCACAACGAGAGCGGGAACGCGCUGAUGGAGCUGGUCAGGAGUGAUUCCAAGAGUCUGGAGAGCGUCUGGCUGUUCGUCUCCUCCUGCAUCGGGAUCUUCGUGUUCGGCUGCUUCCUGGCCCUCAUUGUGAUGCGAUGCAGAGAUUCCUUCUUCUCGUACCAUGACGCCAAUAUCAAGCAGACGGCUAUUAAUGCCCUGGGCGAGGCGACCAAAUCCAAUGCCUUCACAUCCGGCGGAAUUCUGUAUCCCUGCGCCACGGCCAACAGUCGGGAUCUCCUACAGAGCCAGCUGGUCAACGACAGCCGUCUCCUGUGGGCCACCCUAACGCCCCACGGCACCCGGCACUUCAUCAUCGAGAACUCCCAGGACGGGCACUACGAAUCGGUGGACUAUCGCGGCAAGUCGCACAGCCAGGUGUUCCGUGGCUACGAGAAGCACUCGCAGUCCUUUGUCAAGUCCUUUGACAAUAAUGGCUUUGUCGACUACGACUACGAGGAUCCCACGCCAUUGAUGGACUCCUACCACGAUGACAUGGACUCCGGCUACCAGGAGCCGCACGAGGUGACUGGCUCCCUGAAGCGGUCGGCGAUGCGCACUGUGGAGUCACUGAACGACACCCCGACCAGUGGAGGAUCGAGCUCAAACUACCACUCCAGCGCCAACCAGAUCGGCAACUCCAAGUCCAUCAGCCGCAAGACGACGCUGUCCCGUCGCAUCAGCGAUGCCUCCUCCCAGAAUGGCACCUCCAUGUAAAUGUGCUGUCAAUUGGGUAUGGUACAUUUCCAUUGGAUGGAGUCCAUUGGGAUUGGGAUUGGGAUUCCGGAGCUCGGAGAUGGAGGAGAGAUCCGGUCAUGUCGUCCACAUCACUAACUGCAGAUCGAAGUGAUUACACGCUGAUAUUUUAGACUAUUUUAAAGAGUGAGGCACAAGUGUGGACUGUUCUCGAGGAACACAAAUGUUGGCCACAUGAAGCUAUCGAGCCAGGAGCAUGAGCAUCCCGAGUGCCGGACUGCAGCUGCGCUGGAAUCGUUACCCAUUUUACUGUAGAGAACCACGCACAUGCGAUCAUCUUUUAAGCCUACUAUGGAUUGUAUCCGCUGGUGUACCAUGUAUAAUACUCGUGCACAAAAUACUCGCUUGUAAACACACUACACACUACACACACGUCU